CGACCGUCGUGUUUCCGCUGGUAAUAGAUAAAGCAUCAACAACAUCUUCUACCACAGUUUGAAUCUUUCGGAUCUUGUUGGUAGGACUCGGAUCCCCCAUUUCUCAGAUCUCUGAACCCACGAUGCCAUUCGGCUCUUGACAGUGACACCUCAGCUGGCUUGAAUGAUGGAUCCAAGCAACCUUUUGCCAGCUGAUGGACUUGAAGAAGUCCACCAAAAUGGUGUUCAUGAUGAACUGUCUAUUUUUGGAAAGGAUGGUAUUGCUUCCAAUGUAGACCCUGGUGUUACCAAAAUUAUAGAAACUGCAGCUACAAAUGGAAAUCUUGAAAAUUUCAUCCAGUAUGAUAGCACUGCAACUGAUUAUUCGUCCAAGGAAGAAAUCAAGGAAGGAUCAAACGAUAAUAUAUAUAUGAACAAUGUCACCAUUUCUAAGGAAGAGGAAGCAGAAAUCAUAGAUCGGACAGAGCAAUUAAAAGUAGGAAAAGGUCCUGCAAAGAAUAAGAAUGCAAAGCCACCAAGCCCCAGAGGCAGUCAUGCAAGUUCAGUUAAAAAGAACAAAGAUGGAAAAGAUGAAGAGGUAGCAUCUUCUGUUUCAAAUGGUACUUUUGCUUCAGACUCUCACCCAAGACAGCCUAUUAAAAACAGAUCAUUGAGUGACAAGCAGGCUCGAUUGUCCAAGCACCCUGGAAAGUCUAACACAGCACAUUCUGAAGAAUCAAUGGAGAAGACUAGACCACAAUUAUCGAAGAAAGAUCCCCAUGAUAAUCUUCAAGGAGAAGCAGAAUCUUCUUCUCCUACUGCAGAAGAUGCCAAACCUCGCAGGGUGGGGGCGCUCCCAAAAUAUGGAUUCAGUUUCAAGUGUGAUGAGCGAGCUGAGAGAAGAAAAGAGUUCUACACUAAGCUUGAGGAAAAGAUUCACGCAAAGGAAGUGGAGGAGAGUAACUUGCAAGCAAAAACCAAGGAGAACCAAGAAGCCGAGAUUAAGAUGCUUAGAAAAAGUCUAGGAUUUAAAGCAACUCCAAUGCCAAGCUUCUACCAGGAGCCUCCUCCUCCUAGGGCGGAGUUAAGAAAGAUGCCAACUACCAGAGCUAAAUCUCCCAAGCUUGGUCGCAAGAAGAGUUCAACAAAUUCAGAGCCAGAAGGAAACACUAGCAACAGUGCUCGACAAGGUCGUUUAAGUCUGGAUGAGAAAAUGUCUCAGACUAACCCCACUAAUGGCAUUAGUCCUGUUCAUCCAAAGAAGCCACAACGAAAGUCUCUUCCUCCACGACUGGCUUCUGAAAAGAUCAGUUCAUCCAAUUCAGCGUCUGUGAGAACCUCAUCUAAGGCAGUGAAUGGUGGCAAAACCUCCUUAUCAAGUGUAACGGCUGAAGUUACCUUAUCCAAUGCAAGAGGGAAAGAGAAAGUUCAAAUAGCUGCAGCAGCCACUGAAGAGAACAAUGCCUUAUUGAAUGAGACAAGUAAAGUUCUUCCUGUGAAUGGUGAUUUAGUCGUUGAAGAGAAACCACAGCUCAACUUGGCACAAGAACCCAUAGCAGCGGAGCACUAAGCAAACAGCAGGAACAGAACCAAAUAUUAACUAUCAAUCGGAUCAAUUGAUUCAUCUCGUGAAUGUUAUAGAAGCAUAUGACUGAGAUUAUUUAACAAUGAAGGCUUGCAGAAUUUCUUUGUGGUUUGUGAUGCCAUUUUGUCUUAAGCAGCAUGGUUUUGUCCCUAUGAUUCUCUCCUCCUCCUCCUUGCAGGGAUGUAUGUAACUAUUUUCCAGGUUGUUCUAGUUGAUGUUAUUUUAACAUGUAACAUUUGUCUGUUUAGUUAAUAUGUUGGCGAAAAUUUUGAGAAAGUUUGCCAUCGGUGGCUCAAUCACAGUUUGAAACAAGUUGUGUUGUGAACACUCGUCAUGAUCCAUAUGAUUGUGUUAGCUUUGUCUUGUGUUAUGCAUCGAUUUUCAGCUCUGGAUUCUACCUUGUAACCGCAUAUGCAUGUGCUCAAGCACAGUCAUAGGCAACUCAAGCAAAAUAAGUACUUUUACUUUUAUUACAUGUUGUUAGAGUUCA